UCUCCAACUGCAAUCAUAUAAAAAGUUCCAUACAUUUCCCUGUAACUCAGUGUGUUUUGAAACUUUCAACAACGCUGACUUAUUCCGUAUACAAAUAUUUGCAUCCGAAAUGAAGCAAAUAACAAUAGUUGUCGUUAGUGCUUUGCUGUUAGUGCAGGUCGUCAACGCAUUUCCACUUGUAAAACGAGAUUCUGUAGAGGUUGCAGAAAAAGAAGAUAACUCUGUCUCUAUAGAUUCCUCAGCUGAGGAUGAUCCAGCAAAAGAAAAGAUUCUGAUUUUUCUCUUAGGAACCAUAGGCAAAAUAUCUAAGUGGGGUCUUGAAAAUGGAAGCGUUAUGAUUAAAAAUGCUGUAAAAGAUCUGGAGAAGCUACCAGAAAAAGAUGAAUUGCUACAAGCCAAUAUCACUCGUAUGUCAAAGAUAGCGGAAGAGGCCGCUAGUUUCAAACUAGAUGAAGAUGGAAACAAUAUUUUAGAACUAUUCGAAAAUAUAAUUAGUUUUUCAAAUAUGUUGACUGACUAUGAAGACAUGGAUGACGAUUCAAACUUGAAACUCACAUUGAAGACAGCACUGGAAAAUAAUGGCUAUGAUAAGUACCAGAGUGAAUUUGAAGAGCGAGUUGUCGAUGCGGUUGAAGAAUUUGAUACCGCAUUUGGUGAAUAUGUCAAAGGUUGGAGUCCAGAAGAAAAGAAAAAGCAAGCCAAAUUGCUUGACUGGUAUGAAGAAUUAACUAACGAAACGGACGAAGAAGAAAAACUUGACAAGUUUGGCGAAAUCUUUGACUUAUUUUAGUUUAAAUCAAAAACCAGAACAAUUGAAAUAUGUAUGAUUUGAAGAUCUGCUUGAAUUUAGUAUAAAUCUUAUUAUUCUAUUUUUAAUGAUUAUUCUAAAGUGUUCCGAUUAUAAUAAAAAUAUUUUCUAAUUAUA